GUGCGCGGAGGGAGGGAGCGAGCGAGCGAGGGAGGGAGGACGGACGGACCGACCGACCGGCGGGCGAGCGGGGGGAGCUGCCGCCAGCCGGGUGCGCGGCGACCUGAGCCCUGUCCAACAUGGUCGCCGCUCACACCUCCCAUUCCGCGUCCUCCGGCGAGUGGAUCGCGUGCCUGGAUAAAAGACCUUUGGAACGUUCUAGUGAAGAUGUAGAUAUAAUAUUCACACGACUGAAAGAAGUGAAAGCUUUUGAGAAAUUUCAUCCAAACCUUCUCCAGCAGAUAUGUCUUUGUGGAUAUUAUGAAAAUCUGGAAAAAGGAAUCACAUUAUUCCGUCAGGGUGAUAUUGGGACGAAUUGGUAUGCCGUUCUGACAGGAUCACUGGAUGUGAAGGUUUCUGAUACAAGCAACCACCAGGAUGCUGUGACAAUAUGCACUCUGGGAAUAGGAACUGCUUUUGGAGAGUCCAUUCUGGAUAACACUCCUCGCCAUGCUACCAUCGUUACCAGAGAAUAUAGUGAGCUCCUUCGAAUUGAGCAGAAGGACUUUAAAGCACUUUGGGAGAAAUAUCGACAGUAUAUGUCUGGACUUCUCACUCCUCCUUAUGGUGUUAUGGAAACUGGCUCCAACAAUGACAGAAUGCCAGAUAAAGACAGUAUGUCAAGCAGUGCUCUUUGCCAAGUUGCUAAAAAUUGUAAUAAGACACCUCUUAUUGAACCUCACAUCCCACAUCGUCCUACUAAAACCAUUACACAGGUUCCUUCAGAAAAGAUCCUCAGAGCUGGAAAGAUUUUGCGGAAUACAAUUCUGUCCCGAGCCCCUCACAUGAUAAGAGAUCGCAAAUACCAUCUGAAGACUUACAGGCAAUGCUGUGUGGGGACAGAACUAGUUGACUGGAUGAUGCAGCAAAGUCCUUGUGUCCAUUUACGAACCCAGGCUGUUGGCAUGUGGCAAGUAUUGCUGGAAGAAGGUGUUCUUAACCAUGUGGAUCAGGAACACCACUUUCAAGACAAAUACUUAUUUUAUCGAUUUUUGGAUGAUGAACGUGAAGAUGCCCCUUUGCCAACUGAGGAAGAGAAAAAGGAGUGUGAUGAAGAGCUACAGGACACUAUGCUGCUUCUGUCUCAGAUUGGGCCAGAUGCUCAUAUGAGGAUGAUUCUCAGAAAACCGCCCGGCCAGAGAACUGUAGAUGACUUAGAAUUUAUAUAUGAAGAACUUCUCCACAUUAAGGCCUUAUCUCAUCUUUCUACCACAGUAAAGCGAGAAUUAGCAGGUGUCCUCAUUUUUGAGUCACAUCCCAAAGCAGGAACGGUCUUAUUUAAUCAGGGAGAAGAAGGUACUUCUUGGUACAUUAUCCUAAAGGGAUCAGUAAACGUAGUCAUUUAUGGCAAGGGUGUGGUAUGUACUCUACACGAAGGAGAUGAUUUUGGCAAGUUAGCGCUUGUGAAUGAUGCUCCCAGAGCAGCAUCCAUUGUACUGCGUGAAGACAACUGCCACUUCUUGAGAGUAGACAAGGAGGACUUCAACAGGAUCCUUAGGGAUGUGGAAGCAAAUACAGUAAGACUCAAGGAACAUGACCAAGAUGUCUUGGUGUUGGAGAAGAUCCCAGCAGGAAACAGAAUUUCUAAUCAAGGAAAUUCACAGCUGCAGCACAAGUAUAUUGUGAUGUCAGGAACCCCAGAGAAAAUUUUAGAGCACUUUCUAGAAACUAUGAGGCUUGAAGCAACUUUAAAUGAAGCAACAGAUUCUGUUUUAAAUGAUUUUAUUAUGAUGCACUGUGUUUUUAUGCCAAAUAGUCAGCUCUGCCCAGCCUUGAUGGCACACUAUCAUGCCCAGCCUUCUCAGGGUACAGAGCAGGAGAAAAUGGAUUAUGCCCUCAACAAUAAAAGGCGAGUCAUUCGGCUGGUUCUGCAGUGGGCUGCUUUAUAUGGAGAUUUACUACAAGAAGAUGAAGCAGCAAUGGCCUUUUUGGAGGAGUUUUAUGUAUCUGUAUCAGAUGAUACUAGAAUGAUUGCAGCCCUAAAGGAGCAACUUCCAGAGCUAGAGAAAAUUGUAAAGCAAGUUUCUGAAGAACCUAAAGCACCACAAAAGAAGCACAAAGUUCUUCUGCAGCUGUUCAACACAAGUGAUGACAGGGCACAGAAGCGCCAGCCUAUCAGGGGCAGCGACGAAGUUCUGUUUAAGGUGUACUGCAUAGACCAAACCUAUACCACUAUCCGGGUGCCAGUGUCUUCCUCUGUGAAGGAAGUGAUCAGCGCAGUAGCAGACAAGCUGGGUUCUGGAGAAGGCCUCAUCAUAGUGAAGAUGAGUUCAGGAGGAGAAAAGGUUGUGCUCAAACCUCAUGAUGUUUCAGUGUUUACCACUCUCAGUGUUAAUGGACGGCUGUUCGCUUGCCCCCGGGAUCAGUUCGAUUCAUUGGCACCAUUACCAGAACAAGAAGGACCAUCUACUGGUACAGUAGGAACAUUUGAACUGAUGAGUUCCAAAGACUUGGCACAUCAGAUGACAAUUUAUGACUGGGAACUCUUCAACUGUGUGCAUGAGCUGGAAUUGAUCUAUCACACUUUUGGAAGGCACAAUUUUAAAAAGACCACAGCAAAUCUGGACUUGUUUUUAAGAAGAUUUAAUGAAAUUCAGUUCUGGGUGGUCACCGAGAUUUGUCUUUGCUCUCAACUCAGCAAGCGUGUUCAGCUGUUAAAGAAGUAUAUUAAGAUAGCAGCCCACUGUAAAGAAUACAAAAAUCUGAAUUCCUUUUUUGCUAUUAUUAUGGGACUAAGUAAUGUUGCUGUGAGCCGUCUCUCAUUAACAUGGGAGAAACUUCCAAGCAAGUUCAAGAAGAUCUAUGCUGAGUUUGAAAGCUUAAUGGAUCCAUCGAGAAACCACAGGGCCUACAGACUAACUGUAGCUAAAUUGGACCCUCCAAUAAUUCCUUUCAUGCCACUACUUAUAAAAGACAUGACGUUUACUCAUGAGGGAAACAAGACAUUCACUGACAAUCUAGUAAAUUUUGAAAAAAUGCGCAUGAUUGCCAACACUGUCAGGACAGUGAAAUUCUGCCGAAGCCAAUCUUUCAAUCCUGAUGCAGCCCUAGCUAAUAAGAACCAUCAGGAUGUUCGCAGCUAUGUGCGGCAAUUAAAUGUGAUUGACAACCAGAGAACUUUAUCACAGAUGUCUCACCGACUAGAACCGCGUCGAGCAUAAACAUUUGAAGCAAUGAUGAGAAAUGAUCUUUUAUCCUGUCAAGGUCACUUGUUAAGAACUUCACUUUCUCUGCUACUGCACUGCCACUACAAAAAUAAGCAAAAACAUAUUCUAAGGUCUUAGGCAACGCACAAUAUACCAGCCUGUUGGAGAACUUUGGCUGAGGAAGAAUUUAUGCACUGUAGGCAUACAGGUGGCCAUGUUGUGAACUGUUAAUUCCUCUUAAAGUGUAGUGAUUUCUCAUAUGGAUAAAAAAAAGGCAAAACAUAAAAUAGAAUAGUUAGUGGGAAAUGCACAAAAAGCUUCUAACAAUUCUAAGGUAGGUAGUGAUUUCUUCUCCCUAAUUAAAAAUCUGUAUUUUAUGAUUUAGUUUCCAGGUCAGGACCAAAACUGAUCAUCAGUUUAGCUUACUCAGCUACUGUUCACCUCAGUAGAAGAUGUAUGUAAGCAUCUGAUGAAAGAAUGUAGGUUCAAGAGCAGUCUAAGAUAUAAUUCCAUUCAGAGAAGACUUGCAAAUAUUUCCAUUUUAAAUACAACAGAUACUAAGAAAAUUUCCUAAUCUUAAUCAUACUGCCUACUACUACAAGCAGUGUGGCCAUUUCAAAAAACUGACAGGACUGAAAAUAUUUUGAAUGAUAAAUAAUCUGUGUUUACAUUUUACUUCUUUUUUUAAACUAUGAAUUAGGUUUUUACAAAAUUCCAUUACAAAAUAAGAUUGUCAAAAUCAAUAGCAUUAAAGGUAGCAAAGGACUGGUUCAAAAAGAGCACAAUAUGCACAAAUGGAUUUCAAGAGAUUAUUUUCCUGGACAUUAAAACCUUAAACUUCAGCUAGAAUUAAUUGUGGCUGGUUAACAAAUAUUUUCUGGUCUUAAUCAUUUACAAAUAUCUUGAUUUUCAGCCAAUUGUUUUGCACUUUCAAUAGACUGUAAAUAAAUGUUAAUUCAUUAUGUUCUAGAGUAUUUAUUUAUGUAAUAGUUAUUGUGCCAAAAUAAUUCCAUUUUAUUUAUUUUGUUUAGCAUGUUAUGGGGGUGCAGGUUUUGUCUUUACACUUUGUGUGCAUUUAUGUGUAGGAAUUGUGUGAUCUAUCUUUUCUGUAAAUAACACGCCAUACCUUAUUAAAUGUAAUUGCUGGAAA